AUGGAUCUGUCGGAUGAUGUCUGGAAUGUCAUCUUCAGUCAUUUGGAUGUCAAAUCCAGGGCUAAUAUUGCCUCUACAAACAAGAGGCUUAGUUCUUUGUUUUCUACAUGGCUUGAUGUCACAAUGCUUUCUAUCAAGGACGAUGUUUUGUGUAUUGCCGGUGAAUUAAUCCUUCACCAUUGUCCAAAUUUGAAUAAUAUCGUCAUUCAAAAGAUACGAGAUGAGAACUAUCUACGACAAUUAUCUAAAAUUGAACAUCUCAAUGUUCUUACUAUAGCAAGUUCUGUGCUUAAUUCAUUGAGUUUGUCAUGUUUGGAUGCAUUAUGUACGAAAAAACUACGUAAAUUACGCAUACUGCAACGUUAUGAUGAAUUGAAAACAGUUCAAAAUGUACUACGUCAAAGUCAGCUAACGCAAAUUAUUUCCGCACCAUUGGUUUCCGUACAACUCAGUGGUAUCGUGCUAAAACCGGAUAUAUUCAGUGAAUUGUGUGAUGCACUGAAACAAACCCUUACUGAACUGCUUAUCUCCGGUGUUUUGUGCAAUCCGCCUGAUUUCGAUCAGUAUAUCACGGCAAUUGGAACGUUAAUUCAACUGAAAGCACUCGAUAUUCCACCGUCACUGUUCUCAUGUUGCCACCGUACCUUACCACAAAAAAUGACCAUUUUGAAAACGUUAAACCUAAAAAAGAUCUCCGUUUAUGUGCAUUACUAUAACGCAUCAAACAUCGCUAACUUUUUGAGUACCAUGCCAAAAACACUGGAAGAAUUGGUGAUAUUUCGUACCACUGAACUGGAUCAAAUAACUUGGUCAAGAGAUUUCGAGAAAUUACCAUACAAGGUCUACCUCUGUCGUCUCGAUGAUAUCAUUUAUGAACCACCAUGGAUGUGCGAUCGAAAUGAACUUCUUGGUCAUACACUAUGGUUACCGCCAUAUAAUCUUGCUCGUAACUUUUCAAGAGUAGAUCUUCCGGUUGAAUGGUAUCAAGAUGUGUUAAGUGCGGUUACAGAAACAAAUGAUCAGGAAGUUGUUACUGCUCAGUCAAAUUCUAUUUCAACUAGUCGAAGUGAAUUUGUUAAUUUAUCUCCAAGCGAUGAAGGCGCAACGAUUAUGAGUAGUGUAAGCGCACACACAGUCCAAUCUUUUGCGGAAAAUGGCCAAAGAUGA